GAGCUGAGAAGAAAAUUGAACCCGUACACGGGAGGGAAAGCUCUGCUUAAACCUGCCUUUGUAUCCACCUACCCGGAGAACAUGUUUACCCACCUACCCGGAGAACAAGAACAAUACCAAUGAUUAAUGAAAGAUAUGGGAGGAUAUAAUCUCUAUUUUCUCAUCUAAUAUUUAUAUAUUUUCUAGGUGUAGAAUUUUAACUACGUAGAAUAAUACAUAACGAUGUCUCCAUUUUGGAAAUGAAAACUCGUCAAAAACCGGGAUUUCUUUCAGCAGAUAAUAUCAGAAUUAAUAUUUAUUUCUGCUUGAACAGUGUCAGGGAGAUUUUUGGGUUGCUAAUGCAGCUCUCAAAUCCGCAAUAAUAAGUAUUUGAGAUUAAUCUGAAAUUCUCCGACAUGAAAUGUUAUGAAUAUUCACGUAGUUCUGAAGUAUUUACUAAUAAGCAAUAUUCCAAAUUAUUGAUAAAAAUUUUCACGCAUUUAUUUUGUGAUUAUGCACUUUUAAAUAUAGUUAUUUGCAUAAACCGAGUAGAUAAAUAUAUUCGUUAUUUAUUAA